AUGCUUCUACCUCGUCUGGACGAAGUUCGUCGAGCUUUAACAGCAUUUCAUAUUUUCAAUUCCAUCUUGGCUUUGGCAUUUCCAGUGAUUCGGUCUUCUUUUUUAUGUAAUUACGUGUUCGCAACUGACGCAAAUCAACAAUGUGAAAUCGAUUCAAGAGAAAGAGAGAUCCUCAUGUUUCUCUUGAUCAUUCUGGCUUGGAAAGGAAGAAAAGCCACAAACUGGAUGCACUAUGUCAACAAUAUCUUCUUGUUUUCAAAGAUCGCCGGAAUCUUCUUAUUUAUUCGUGCUGAUAUUUUAGCUGGAACCCUGUAUAUUUUAGCUUGUCUCAUUGUCACAGUGUUGUUCCCAGAACCUGCUUACACAGGUCCCGAACAAGUAACCUAUUUUCAAGGAGAACAACUUUUCGAGGAGCUCACAAGAAAUCGUAAUACUGUCUGGGUCAUUCAAUUCUUCACUACUUGGAGUCAGGAAUGUAGACACACCACUCCAGUAUUUGCAGAACUCAGUCAGAAAUAUACUCUACCAAAUAUGAAGUUUGGAAAGUUAGACAUCGGCCGUUGGUCUAAGGAAGGGGAGAGAUUCCGGGUGAAUGCACAUGCUAUGUCCCGUCAGCUACCGACUAUUUGCGUUUUCAAAGAUGCAAAAGAAAUAUCUCGCCGUCCACUAGUCAAUGAAAGUCGCCGUGCAGUUCCAUUUGUUUUCAGUGAAGAGAAUUGUGUUCUUGCUUUUGAUCUUGUCAACUUAUUCAACGAACAAAAGCAGAAAAAGGAAGCGAAAACCAAAAAACAUGACUAA